ACCACAUACAGAUGGACUUCUUGAUAGACACUUGGUCCUUUCCGGUCCUCUUCCUGACGUUGGUGCUCAGGCUGCAAUAUACUGCCGCCAUACGAUGUUUGAGUUGUAAUGAUGUCAUCCAACCACGUCAUUGCUCCACUUUUGAACAGUGCCCAGAUGGCGAUUCUUGUGUGACGGAAUCUUACCAAAACAUGAAUGGAGAAACUUUGUAUAAUGUUGGCUGCAUGUCCUUACAGAGGUGCUUGUUGACUAACUCUGCCAACUAUACCCGCUCAAAUUACCUACUUCGGGUACAAAUCGUCGGGACACACGUGGAUCAUUUAUGUACAGAGUGUUGUCACGGAGACCUGUGCAACGCCGCCGGAUGUGGUUCGCAAGGAUUUCCGCAACACAGAGGACCGAUUUGUUUAAACUGCCGACAGUCACGUGACCCAUCUUAUUGUGACAGACUAUCAGUGUGUCUCCAAGGAGAGGUUUGUCACGUAGAACAAAUCAACGAAUUUGGCGAUAUAUUCUACCAGACCAGUUGUUUACGGGAAACUAGUCACCUAUGUACGUCUCAUCCAAUAUAUAACCCAGUGGAGAUUGGGAAACGAACUGUUCGACGUGGAAAUUGCUUGCUCUGCUGUCGGGAGGACUUCUGUAACACUAAAUGUCACCCUUCUACAUCGACUGUACAACCAACGACGACAACACUGACUACUGCGACCGCGACGCAUCAGAGUUUCAAGGGAACAGAUUUUUUCUUGAUGUUCAUCGAAAACUUCAAAUUUAGUCCACCUGGUUUCACUCUGAGAGCAAUAGUAACAUUUUUGGAGACAAAUGCUAAUAUCCAGGUGACCACAACAUAUAAUUCAACAUCAUUCUCCGCCUCAGGUCCAACGAAAAAUAUUGACAUAAAUGCAAAUAUGACAAUUCGAGAGAAGGGAAAGUCGAGCAAGGGGAUUAUUUUGACUUUCAACACUGCUGUGUCGGUCAUUGCAUUCAAUACUUUUAACGAUGAAUCUUCAUCGAUGUACCUUGCAUUGCCGAUGGAGGCACUUGGUGUUUCUUAUAUUGUAGGAACAUAUAAACCUAACACGAUAGACUUCCCAGAAAUUGGACAAUCUUUUGCUGUCGGAGCACCAUAUGACAACACAGUGGUCAAUAUUACACUGAGUACACGCCGUGACCGUUCCUGGUCAGUAUCACAGAGAGAUGGGAAAACAAUUACUGUCGUUCUGGACAAACUGGACACGUUCUAUAUUGAAACAAAUACCUCUGAUGGCGACCUGACGGGAACGCGUAUAGUUAGUGAUAAACCCGUGGCGGUAGUAUCUGGUAAUCAAUGUAGUGACGGACCAACAGGAUGCAAUCAUAUCGCGGAGUACCUACCUCCGGUCUCAAAAUGGGGGUCAAAGUUCAUUGUUCCGCCUAUUAGAGGAAGUGUCCGUGGUGUGAUCAGAAUUAUACCUUCGGUAAAUAAUACAAAUAUUACUGUUUUGGGUAAAACCUUGAACAAAACAUAUACAUUAUCAAAUCGAUAUUUCAUAGAUAUUGACACCAAUUCAUCGUCGUCGUAUGCAAUAUAUGCAGAUAGCCCGGUACUGGUUUUCCUGAUAAUUGUACAGGAUAAAACAUCAAUGACGUUGGUGCCAUCAACUAACCAGUUCUCAAAUAUACCUGUGUUGAUCUCACUACCUAUAAAUACAACGAGGAGGUACGAUAACUACAUUGUCGUAAGUAUUCGAUCUAAGGACGUUUCCGGUCUAACGCUCCGCGAUGCUUACGGGGCUGAACUGGCCCGUUUAGGAUCAGUUCCCUCCCUUGAUGUUUCGGGAGAAGAGUACACCUUCAUAGCAGCCAGGUGUAACAACAACCAAACAUGUUCUGUCCGACAUGCUGACAAAACUGUGACGUUCAGUGUUAUUGUUUAUGGGUUCAGUACGUAUGCUGAAUAUGCAUAUCCUGCAAACCUAAGGUUGUAAAUUAUAAACACUCAAAAUAAAGAUUUAUAUACACUUAA